AUGUGGCAUUUUGUCUUCUCAGAUGCCCCUGUCCUACUGGCUGAGCUACGCCCCGGUAGAGAGCAUCUGUAUGAUUGGAAGUCCAGCUGUGAGGCGUGGGGUGUUGCCUUCUCUCCUGAUGGCUUCUGGUUUGCCUGGUCUCAAGGACAUGGCAUCAUUAAACUCAUCCCCUGGCCACUGGAAGAGGAACAGCUAGGAGCGCCAUCCUAUAGAACGAAAAGUCAAUGCUACAAGACUGCAGAGGUCAAAAGGAAAUGUAACCUGAAAGAGAAAAUUUUGGACUGCGGUCAGAUUGUCUGGAGCUUGGCGUUUGGCUCCUCAUCUUCACCAGCAGGCUGGAAGUUGUGGCCACGUUCCAGGCAACAAGCCACUGGAUCUCCUGGGUCUUGGCUGCUUUUGGCAACAGGACUUAGUGAUGGCCAUGUCAAAGUAUGGGAAGUGCAUACAGGUCGUCUGCUUUUCAAUCUGUCUGGGCACCAAGAUGUGGUAAGAGACUUGAGCUUUACUACAAAUGGCAAUCUGACCCUUGUCACUGCAUCCCGAGAUAAGACUCUACGUGUCUGGGACUUGAAAAAGGAUGGUAAAUUGAUCCAGGUGCUAUCUGGACACAUCCAGUGGGUCUAUUGCUGUUCUAUUUCGCCAGACUGCAGUAUGCUGUGUUCUGCUGCAGGGGAAAGCUCGGUACUGCUUUGGAGCAUGCGAUCGUACACUCUCAUUCGGAAGCUGGAGGGCCAUCAGAACAGUGUAGUAUCCUGUGACUUCUCUCCAGAUUCUGCGCUCCUUAUCACGGCGUCUUAUGACACUACCAUGAUUUUGUGGGAUCCUUAUACAGGCGAAAAGCUAAGACAGUUCCUCCAUAUUUCACUGUCUCGUGAUCUGGACUAUAGCUCUCUGGAACCACAGCUCAGCUCUCUACGAUCCGUCUGCUUUUCACCAGAAGGACUGUACCUCGCAAGCCUGGCAGAUGACAGAUUUCUGAGAAUAUGGUCCCUGGAAUAUGAAGAGCCCUUGUCGGCUGCUCCAGUAACAAAUGGUCUGUGUUGUACAUUCUUUCCGCAUGGAGGAGUUCUCGCUACAGGAAAUCGAGAUGGACAAGUGCAGUUCUGGACGUCCCCUCGAGUCCUGUCUUCACUUAGACACUUGUGCCGCAAAGCACUGCGUUGUUUCCUAACCACCUAUCAGGUCCUCACGCUGCCAAUUCCUGGAAAAAUGAAGGAUUUUCUUACCUACAGGACUAAUUAUUAAUUUUCUUACAGUAACGAGGAUUACUGAGGAGAUAAGACUUCAUUGUAGAAUCUGAAAGCUUGCACAGUAGCUGCAGAUUCUGGGAAAUCAACCUGGGCAGCUCAGGUCACUUGUGUAAAGACCGACAAUUAGUA